UUACUUCGACCAGACCCACUGGCUACUGGAUAAGGACGUCAGCCUGUACUGCGUGUCAGCGUGGAACGACCACGGCUACUGGCACACCGUGGGAGACCCCGAGCAGCUCUACAGGGUUGGAUUUCUGCCAGGAUUAGGGUGGAUGCUGAAAAGAAGUCUGUUUUUUGAAGAAAUCCUUCCCGUGUGGCCAGCAUCGUGGAAGACCUUUGACUGGGACGUGUUCCUGCGGCUGGGCAGCAACCGAAAGGGACGCGACUGCAUCAUACCUGACGUGCCGAGAACCUACCACUUCGGCUACGUGGGCAACCACGUCGGUGCCAACAUGCAGUUCGCCUACUUUUACGACCACGCGCUGAACACAGUGCCCGAUGUGCGCCUGAGGAACGUCGAAGACAUGGUUUAUCCAAGGUACGAAAAGCAGCUGCAGAAUUUGAUUAAAAAUGGCAUACCACUGGCCGAGGAGACCAGGAAUUCCACGUCCUGCAAAACACUCAUACCAUCUGAUACGAAGAAUCAGACGUACCUAGUCUACCUGCGAGUUUACGGACCUGACGACAUGGAAGCCUUUGCCAAAAUUGCUGCGUGUCUGAAUCUCUGGGACCUGGACACCAGAGGGGACCACCAGGGUAUCUGGAGGUUCUGGUACAACGGCAACCACAUCAUGGUGAUCGGGGUACCGUACUCACCUCUAUCGGCGUUCGCCAUCAGCGCGCACGACGACGCGGCGGUGUUCUCUGGCUCGAGGACGGCCGCGCAGCGCGAGCUGGGCCGCUGGCCGCCGGGCGUGGCGCGCGCCAGACUGACCGGUCACCAGCGACGAAUGCGGCUGGCUGCGGCCGCCCUCCACCUGAGCGCCGACCAGCUCAGAGAGGUCAUCGCCGGUGGACCGGGUCACUGACCGGGGUCACUGAGAGAGAGAGAGAGAGAGAGAGAGAGAGAGAGAGAGAGAGAGAGAGAGAGAGAGAGAGAGAGAGAGAGAGAGAGAGAGAGAGAGAGAGAGAGA